AUGCCCGAAAUGUUACCGUUUGUGGCCUUUUUCUGCCUCAAUAUACCGCUGGCUUUGGGCGCCAUUACUAUACUGUGCAUCGAUUUCGGCACAGAUAUGGUGCCCGCCAUCUCCCUGGCCUACGAGGGCCCUGAGAGUGAUAUCAUGAAACGUAAGCCCAGGAACCCUAGGAAGGACAGACUGGUCACCGAAAAACUGGUGUCCAUAUCCUACGGCCAAAUGGGCUUUUUUCAGGCCUUCGCCGGAUUUUUCACAUACAUUGUCAUUAUGACUGAGAAUGGGUUCCUCCCGUGGGAUCUCUAUGGCAUACGAGCUAAAUGGGAUUCCCGGGCCAUCAACGCACUGCCCGACUCCUAUGGACAGGAAUGGACUUAUCAUCAACGAAAGACCCUGGAGUACUCAUGUCACACGGCUUUCUUCGUGUCGGUGGUGCUGACAAAAUGGGCGGCACUGGUAUGUUGUAAGACACGACGGCUCUCCGUAUUCCAACAGGGCAUGAAGAAUCAUGUGCUCACUUUUGCCAUGGUUUUCGAGUUGGCACUGGCCCUGUUCCUAUCCUACUGUCCCGGUCUGGACAGGGGUCUCAACAUGUACCCAUUAAAAUGGUCCUGGUGGUUUACAUCGAUUCCCUUCUCGAUAGCCCUAUUUUGUUACGACGAGUUACGCAAACUAGUGAUGAGACGACUUCCCGGCGGGUUCAUUGAAACGGAGACUUAUUAUUAAGGGGUAUAUCAAUAAGUACUGCACAAUAGUUGAUCGACAUUUUAAAUCACAACAUGUUGUCUCUAUUCAACUACUAGACCCUCAUCCUGUAAGCCUAUUGAUUGAGUACCCUUUUAAUUAUUUAGCAUUAAUGAUAUAUUGAUUUAAUAAUAAAUUAUGAUUUUAUAAUAACCUAUGUUAAAAUCGGACUCACAAACAAGUAUACGCCAUAUUACACUUUAAAAAAGUACAGAUUUCACACAUCAUUACAAAAUGUUUGCUUAUAGGGGUAGGGC